UAGAAGAAGACGCUUUUGUCCAAUCAGACACCGCGCCUGGCCCAAACCGGAAAAUAUCAGAUUUUAUUUCAUGUUUUCUUAGCGGGCUGGAAAACAACUGAAAGGAUGUCCUGCAACACCAGUGUUACUCAUCUUCAUGUGUCUUCAGUGGGGCAGACAGAGCGAGCCUCAGUCCACCUCAUGCCAUGUGAGAUUGAACACAAUGGGCUGGCCCAGGUCUCACAAUACUUCACUGCUACCACAAAGAAUCACAAACAAGAGAAGACUGUGUCAUUCAGAGGACGUGGAUUAAUAGGGCAGGAGAUCAGCUGUCCACAAGGUUACACAGGCCUGGUGCUGAAAGAGAUCAACAAGCCUGGCUCUGAUCAAGAGGACAGGGCAGUCAGGGUAUCCUCUGUGUUUGACAAGCUGACCUACUGGAACCUGGAAACUCCUCCCAAUUCAGAUGAUACUGUGGUGAUGGCAAUGGAUUGGCCUGAGCUGGCUGAGGCGAUUCAUGGACCAAUAGAAGACUAAGACUGCCCAAACAUCAAGUUAAGAGGAGCCACAUGAAUUCACAUCAGCAUGUCGCAAGUGAAAUGCUUCAACAAUAAGACGUUAAGCUGUGUUGUAGCAAAGCAGUGAGAUACAAAAUUCAUGUUCACAUAUUUGUAUGGUUUUUUUGUACAUAAAGAAAAUAAAAAAACAA